AUGCAUUCUCCUUCUUCCUGGCAAAAACGGUGGUUCUAUAUCAUCUCUCUGUGGGAUAAUUGUGAUUCUUCGUCCGAUUGCAUUAGCCUUGCUGCUUUUAUUUGUUGGGCUUUAUGGAAGUGUCAUAAUGAUCUUCUGUUUAACAACCAGCUCUGGGAUCCGUUUGCAGUUGUUCAACUUGCUGUUUGGAAUUUCCAUGAGUUCAAAGAGGUGAGCUUUCAGGAUGCUCUCCUCUCUUUGUCUCCGGCCGCUAUUCCUCCUUGGUCCUCCUCAUGGAUCCCCCCUUGUCUUGGUAUUCUUAAGCUUAAUUUUGAUGCAUCAUUUAACAAAGUUUCCAAGUCUUGUGGAGGAGGCAUAAUUCUCAAAAAUCAUUUUGGGCAGCCAAUUUGGGUUGCAUUUGUCUUUUUUAGAUUUGUUUGCAGUUCAUCCGUGGCGGAAGCUCUUGUGCUUAAGGGGUCUCUCAAGCUUCUUAAGUGUUGGGGUUAUUCUCAAGUUAUUGUGGAAGGUGAUUGUAAACCUGUUAUGGAUCUUUUUCCAUCGAAAGAAGCCCUCUCUGUUAUUUAUGAAGAUGUUUUUAUCCUCCUUAAAUCUUGUCUAGGUUCUUCCCUUGGUUGGACCCCUCGUUUAGGUAAUGUUGUUGCUCACUUGGUGAGUAAAUCGGCUUUGGAAGCCAGUUGUGGUGAAUUCUAG